AUGAACGACCAAAGACCGCCGACGCGGGACUCAUGGUUCGCGCCCCUCUCCGUCGACCUCGUCCUCAAGGCCCUCAACGUCACCUUCUUCCACCCGUUCAUAGCAUGGCUGGUUCCGCUGUGCUUCCGCGCUCGCCACAUGAACUACGAUGCGAUGCCCAUACAGAUUACGAUCGGCUGGGCGGUGCUGGUCACGGCGCUCUGGGUGCUGAAUAAGUUCAGCCACAAGCUCGCGUAUGGGAUGCACCGUGAGGUUGACCUGAGUGAGGAGGUUAUAGUCAUCACUGGCGGCGCCAGCGGCCUAGGCUUGCUCAUUGCCGAGGUGUACGGCAUGCGCGGAGCCACGGUUGCCGUGCUCGACAAAGCCGAGUUGGAGAGCACAGACGCAAGGGGCAUCACAUAUUACAAGUGCGAUGUCUCGGACAAGGCGCAGAUUGCGCGCGUUGCGGCCGAGAUUGAGCGUGACCUGGGCGUGCCUACGGUCCUGAUCAAUAACGCGGCCGUGGUCGUGGGCAAGAAGCUGCUGGACAUGGAGGUGGAGGAGGUCGAGCGCAGUUUGUCGACAAACCUCCUGAGUCACUUCUACACCAUCAAGCAGUUCUUACCCGGCAUGCUACGGAACGAGGUCGGUGGCACAAUCGUCACUGUUUCCAGCGUUAUGGGACAUCUAGGUGCGGCACGGCUGAGUGACUAUGCCGCUGCGAAGGCCGGCGUGACAGCUCUCCACAAGUCUUUGGCUGCAGAGCUGAGGGAGUACCCGGAGAUCAAGACGAUCAUUGUCACACCCGGCCAGCUUAGCACCCCACUUUUCUAUGGAGUGCAAACUCCCAACUCCUUCAUUGCGCCGGUUGUCGAGCCUGUAGACAUCGCCAAGGAGGUCAUCCAAGCCAUUGACCUGGGUGUUAGCGAUCACAUUGGGGCUCCGCUCUAUGCUCGUUGGAUCGAUUGGUACAACGUUCUGCCUGUUGGACUGCAGAGAAUCGCACGCGACGUGGCUGGUAUAGAUAGGAGCAUGGCACAUUUCAUCGGCAGAAAAGGCACACAGCUGAGCGAGAAGAACGGUUCGGCAAGGUGA